AUGAUGAGUGCUCGUGAUCCCCAACUGAAACAAUGCGAAGCGUUGACUACGUAAGUUUUUGUGAAACUAUUUAUGAGUUUGUCAGAAAAACAUUUUAUUUUUUUCAGCAAUUUGUUGGAGAUUCUGAAGACCAAAAUGGAAACCCCAGAUUGGAAUCGAUUCGAACCAGUGGCGAUGAAUUAUACAUAUGUGCUCUUUGAACGAUUCAAUGAGCAUAUUGAUAUUUCAAUCGAUCGGAAACGUGAACUCAUUGCAAAACUUAUUGAUUGGUUGAAAAUAAGCUUGGAUACACCGUUUUAUGAGAGUCGGAUUGUGCUAAAUUGUCGAAAUGAGGCGAAAGAAGAUUGUGUGGAAGAUAUUAGAAAAAUGAGAGUUCAACAGAAAGAAGAGAUAAUUGCGGCAAAACCUGUGAAACGUAAAAAGGGAAAGAGAAAAGCUGUUCGGAAAAUUAGCAGAGCCAUUGAUACAAGCAGUUCAGAUGUGAGUUUGGAAAAUAUGGGGAAAGAAUUCUAGAUUUGUUUAAUCUACCUUGGUACAUGUAGGAAUUCAACAAGUAUAUUGUUUCUUGUGAAAAAAUAGGAAAAACAAAAAAUACAUAAUUUUAGCAUUGUUCUCAUUUUCAUAUUGUCACGUCAUACGUCAAUUUUAGCCUUUUCCGUGGGCGAGAGAAGAUUUCCAAUUUCAAUUUACAUAUGUCAGCUUUGAUUGACGUAAAUUGGGAUUUCUUUUGUUUUUUUUUUAUUAUAUUUCCAACCAAUAUCUCUCAACUAAAAAACCAUUUUUUAGGAGCAAGUAAAUGUUCAAAGACAACGUCAAAUGUUGGAACUUGCUGUGAAACAUCGAUUGAAUUUCAGUGAGUUUUUUUUUCAAAUUUAAUAAAUUCAACUACAAAGAGUUGAUUUUUACAGUGAGUUCGAGCGAAUCAGUGGAGCGUGAAAUCAGCGAACUUGAAAUUGAAUUGGAUGGUGCAAGUACAAUUCUUCAAAAAUGGUCAAAACGUGAUAAAGUUAUCUUGAUUGUCAAAUUAUUCUGCAAACUUUCGCAUAUUUUAUCAGUCAAUGAGUUUGUGAAAUAUAUCGCUGAGAUUUUGGGAUUCCUCCCAAUUUCUGAAAAAUGCGAAGAACAUCGGCAAUUGCAAUAUUCGAACUUGGUUAUCUUAUUUGCUGAAUUGUCUUUGGAAGUUUUCAAAAUAAUUAGAUGGCGCAAUCAAUAUUCGGAAGAAUGUGUUGAUGUUAUGAAUCAAAUGUGGGCUCUUCAUACUUUAGUCGUCAUCAUUUUUUCGCAGGUAAAGUUUGAGGGCCUACCUUGAACCUAAUUUUGAAACCUAAUUUUAAAACAUUUUUGUUCAAAAUGUUAUGGGAAUUACUUUUUUAUGAGUGAUGUCAUUUUUUCACAAUUAGAAAAAACGUUUGCCUUUUUCCCAAAAAAAAAAGUUUAUCGAGGUUUAUCACGAUAUCAGUGUUAUUAUAAUUAUUAUUCUCUUUAAAAAUUCUCAAAUCAUUUUUUAGGUUGAUGAAAACGUAAUGACCGAUUCAACAAUAUAUUCUCACUACGAAACUUGUCUCAAUUUGUUGCAAGCUUUGUUAUUUGAAUACUUCUACAUCAUCUCAACUAACUGUUAUGAAGUCGAACCAGAUUUUGUGCAAAACUUUUUCAACUUCGAAAACUUUUAUUGGUUCAAUCUUCCAACAAUGAGUAAUGAUAUAAUCAGAUUGGCCAACGUGUUGCAAACUUGUAUUGAAAUUCCAAAACCGAUUUUCUAUCGAACAAUGUUCAUGUUCCUUGUAGUGCAUUUUAGACAACUACAAAAUACAAUUCUCACCAAAUUUCUGUUGACAUCACAACCUGGAUUCCAGAAAGUUAUAUCUGUUGCGGAAUUAUGCUAUAUCACAAAAAACGUGACAAUUCAAGAGCUUGUGGAAAUUCUUGGACAUCACGCUGGAGAUUGUGAUUUUAUGUUCAGCACAUUGAAUCAUGAUAUUAUUGAUACAAGUGCAGAUAUGAUCAAACUAUCUUCAAGAAUGUAAGCUCGAAUAUUUUUUUUACAUUUCUCAACGGAAUUUUUUCAGAGUUGAUAAACUUUCAAAUUGCCAUCAUGAAUUGCGAGUCAAUUUUCAAUUAUGGUCCAUAUUAAUCAGACAGCUUGGAAAAUGUUAUCACAAUCUGAUUGUAACUUGCAAGGACAAACCAAAUUUUGAAAUUUCUAACAAAGUGUUCUUCGAUUUCAUGUUCACGGCUCUGAAAAACCUUUUGAAAGAAUCAUGUGAGUUUAAUUUGAAAUUCUGAUAAUUAUGAAAACAAUUUAACCUUUUGAAAAAUUAUUUGUGAGAAAAAUUCAAUAACAAAACGUUCAGAUUUUACAACAUAUUCUUAGAAACCUUGCUUGUUUUUCAGCAAACAAAAAAGUGCUUAGUGAAACUUGGUAAAUGUCAAAUUUUUUAUAUUAAAUACCAAAUUGUUGAGAAUUUUUCUCGGUUCAAAACCCAUCAAAAAAUGAAAUCAAAAAAUUUUCUUGAACAUUAAAAAUAAUACUUACAUAAUCCAAAUCAUGAAUUUUUUUCAGGCUCCCAAAUGAGAUUUGCCAAAUAUAUCGUUUUCCUGCUCAAGCAAAUAAGUAAAAUAUUGCUUCUAAUCAAACCAAAUGAGUUUCUUCCAAUUUUACGAUUAAUCGAGGAAUACCGUAUUGUUCUGGCAAGCUCAGAAUACAACGAAAAAGUGGCAGAAUUUAUCAGCUAUUGUUUCCAAUUCUCUCAAAAACACGAGGAUGCAAAUUUGAAACUUGACAUUUCCCGCCUCGUCAUGCUAAUGGCAUAUGAUAUUUUUGCUACCCAACAUCCACGAAUUCGUAAACUUCAACACAUUCGAUAUUAUUGUCGAAUCAUAUUUGACUUUUUUGUUAGUGAAAUGGAAUCAGCUGCUAUUAAUAAGAAUGAGUCGAAUGAAAACAUAUUUCCACCUGAUUAUUUUAUGAUGGUAUCACAAAGCAGAAAUUUCAUCAACAUGUAUUGCUCUAUCAAAGCGCAAGUUGAAAAGGAUUUAUUUGAGGCCAAAGCAUUGUGUGUUCCAUAUCAUCUUCUCAAUGUCCACCUCAUUCUACCACUCGCCAAAAACUCUUUCGAAGAGGAUAGUGCAAAAACCUUCGAAAAAGCAUUGCUAGAAAUUGUUCAAACUGUUAUUCUUACACCUGCUAGAAAUACAGUAAUCCACUGCCUGAUGACAGUUAUUGAAAGGUUAGUUUAUUUCAAAUGUUGAUAUACCAAUAUCAGAAGUGCACGUAAUUUUUUUUUGCCUCUGACUCCGCCCACUUUUUUUUUCUAUGGCUUGUCAUUUUAUAGUAGUGCGCUUUUUUGUUGGCACGGAUUUAAUCCGCAUUUUUUUGUUCUGAAUUAUUUCCAAAGAUUUUUUUUUUCAUUUUGUAAAAAAUAUAUUGUGAUAAGCUUUUUUCUAGGUUAUUCUGUGUUUUGAGAUCAUGGAGCUUCAGAAUUGAAACUUGAUAUUCAUUUUGAAAUGUAAACUAACAUAAGCAUUCAGGAUUCAGAAUUUUUUAAAAUUUCAUUUCGGUUUUUCGAACGAAAAGUAUUUUAUUACAUUUUUCUUUAAAAAAUUCUGAACUUAAAAAUCUGAGGAUUUUGUUUUUAGAUUUCUGAAUAUAAGCAUUGUCACGUCAUAACCUAAUUUCAUAACUCAAGUCUCUGGAACUUUUUGAAUUCACCAAAUCAUUUGUUUUUCAGAGUAGUUCAAGUGAAAAAUUCGAAAUUUGAAAACGAUCAAAAAAUCAAAGUUUGCGACGAGAUUUUCCACGCAGUUCAUAAUGUGGUGAUGAAUUACAAUCUGGAUUCUUCAAUAUUUUCAUUGCCUCAGGCCAACGAUCUCAAAAAACUUAUGUUUCAAAGUAGUCAAAUUUUCUUAUCGGUAAGGAAAUUAAUAUUGGAUUUUUUACUUCUCACAGUAAACUAAUAAUUUUUCAGCUUUCUGUGUUUGAUAAAAGCAUAAUUGAUUAUCUCGCUGACACAAAUGGCGAUUUCAAUUGGAUAACCAAUGAUCUCAAAAAUCUCUGUGAACCUGGUCAAAUCAUUCCAUUCCUCAUUUUCAAGUACAACAAUGCGCCAGCAAAUUCAUUGGCAAAACGAAGAUUUCUUGAUGUCCUCAGCCAUUGUGCAUCAUAUUAUCAAGUUCCGACUUAUUUUAGGGAUUCGCUGAGAGAGCCAAAUGUUAUGUGAGUUUUUAACAUUAUUUUUGUUAUUCAGUGAGUGUAUAACAAAUACAAAAUCAUUAUUGGGGAUUAAAAAGAGAAUUGAUAAUGAUAAUUAAUCUCUUGUUGCCAUUUGUAAUUCUGGAAGAUUAGAUUAGCAGCGAUGAUGGAAACUGACCUCUUCAAGAAAAUGAUAUUAAUCAUCAUUGAGAAUGUCAAAUCAAAAACUUUCUAGUUUUGGUUUUACAGAGGGAUUUUUUUCGAAACGGCUGAAAAGCUAAUAGAAAACAGAAAGUAGAACUCUUUUUUAUUCGUUUCAGUCUCAAAACAACGUUACUUCAAAAUUCAAAUAAUCAUUUUCCAGUGAACACGGUGCAAAUCUAAUAGAAGGUGUAUCAAUUUCAACCUGGUUCAAUUUACCAAAACCCCCAAAUUGCAACACAUUUGUAUUUCUUCUUGGUUGCACAUUCCGGGUUACUUUCAACUCUGAUCGCAAAUCUUUUUCAAUCAGCUUUGCUCAAAAGUGAGUUUUUAUACGUGAUUUUGUUAGAAAAUUGUUUGAUUUUCAGUCAAAGUUCUCUUGUGUCCAAAACCAUUCAACAUUGCUUCAUUAAUCCUUUUAAAUGGCAUCUUCUCACAAUUAGUUUGAAAGCAUCAAUGGAUGGUGUAUUAGUGAUUACGGUGAGUUUUGCACGCAACUAGAGUUUAGUUUUGAAUAUAUUAUGUGGAUGAAGCUAUAGCCACUUAAUAUUUCAGUUAUCUAUUGAUGAACAUUGUGAAAAACUCGAAUUUGAUGAGAACAAUCUUCCCAACAAAAAGCUUUUCCGAAGCGUCAAAAAUACAAUAAUUCGUUGGGACUUGACUGAUAUUUUCCAUACACCAGUUAUUAUUCGAAAUGGAGUUUUGAAUUAUCAACACGUUGCUGCAAUAAUGGCGAUGGGUCCACAAUCUCGACAAAAUAUUGGUAGUGCAAAUAUUCAAAAUAUUCCGAUUCUUCGUUUCAAUCGUUUGAGAAUUGCAAAUAAUGAUGAGAAAUUGAUAAACAUUUUCGAUGAAAAUAUUCUCCAAGACGUCCAAACACUUGAAUCUCAUGUGAUUGACAAAUUUUGUCAUGAGAGAGUUCAACGAAUGAAUUUCCAUCAACAAUUCGUUGCAGCUGGUGGUAUUCCAGCACUUUUGUUGUUGUAUGGAAGGGUAAGGAAUUUUAGGAAGUUGAAAAAAAUCAAUAAAAUUGGUUUUCCAGGCAUUGAUAGACUGCUGCGAUGUCUCAAUUCAAAAUUAUCUCAUUCGAUUGAUUUUGACUCUUAUGUCAAAACCUCAUGUUGAUUCUGAAAGAUGGCCAAUCUCACCUGCAAAAUCAGUGCUCGCAUUCCUUUUCAAAUCUGAUCUCACUAUUUUCAACGAUGAAACUUUGGAGGUAAAAAUAAGUGUUUCUAAAACUUCACAAUUCUUGUUCUUAUAGAUAUUGAUCCUACACUGUUUCGAAAUCCCAAUGAACAUGAAACAAGAAGAUUCUGAACCUUUCAAGCGCAACAAUCUGAAAAUGGAGAAUUUUGAAAUGCUUUUGCUUAGACUCACAAAAUCAUAUGUUAAAGAUGUUGAAAUUCUCGAAAAUUUGGUUAAGGAUUGGGAUUUAUGGGUCUAUCGACCAUUGUUAUUCACAAAACUUAUCAAAUGUUUGGCAAGCAGUGUAUCAACUUACAAUUCAUAUAACAUCAACAAUUUGCAUCCGCUAGUCAAACAUAUUAUGAAGGUAUAGAUGAAUUUUGAAAUUAAUUCAAAAUCAAAAAUACUUUUCAGACUUUGACAACGAUUUUUGAACAAAAACCAGACUGGGGAGUUCGCGGAGAUGAAUUGGCUUGUGAAGUUGGCAAGUUUUGCGGUAUAAUCGUCAAAUCUUUAUCCGGACAAUCAAAAAUCGAAUGUGCUCAUGAACUUUGGAAUUGCCUGUUGUUGCUGAAACCUGCAUCAGAUAUGUAUGUUGAAAAUGAUCAAGUUACACAUCAUCAAUGGUUCAACGAAGAUGCGAUAGAUCACGAACUUCGAAUUCUGUCAGAUAUCAAAUUGCCAUCAAGUUCUGAAAAGCCGAAAAUUAUUGUGACUGAAAAUAUGGAAAAAUAUGUGCAAGAUGAUUCGGAUGAUGAUUCUGAUGAAGAUGAUUCUGGUUCUGAAGUUUUCUCAGAAAAUGAGCACAUUGAUGGAAGAGAAGAUGAAUUGAUGGAAAUUGCAGAAGAAGAUGAUAGAGUUCCUAGCCCAGCACCAUCUGUCCAAUCAGAUUUCAUUCCAAUUUUUGAAAAGAUUUCGGUAUGGUUUUUUCAGUACAAAAGAUAUGAUAAAAAUAGAAUUAACAUGAACUUGAUGAACUCAGAUUCUAUAAUAAAAGGGAUUAAAUUCAUUCAUUUCAUUAAUAAAAGCGAUGAUGUAAAUAGCUAUUUUUAUAUUUACUAUGUCCAUACUAUAAACCGGUGGAUUAGUAAAAUUAUUUUCAGUGUUGAGCAUAUUUUCAGGGAUCGGGAUUCUUCUGAUCUUUUUUGAGAUAAGGUUAACAGUUUCAAUGCACAUGUCAAGUGUUUGUUUUAAGUUAUUUUGUGAACUAUCAUAAUUUAAAUCAAAACCAUGAAAAAUUGAUAUUUUCAAAAACAAAAUUGCAUUGAAAACUUUAGCUAUGACUCAAAAUCCAAUGAAACACUAAAAAGAUCAGAAACUAACAGAUCAUAUUCAAACAAUUAGCUAACCUUUUCAGUUUUUCUUAAUCCAGUUCGAAAAUUAAUUUGAUUCUUCCAAGAAACUGUAAGUCUUCCUUGAACUCUGGCCACACGAAACUAUAUAUUUUAUUUUAUCGUUCUUUGAACCCAGAUUUUCAAGUGGGAAGGAAGUGGAUUAUAAUUAAUACAUUUUGAAAAGUAUGAUGUGAUUGUGAAAUACCUAUUUUUAAAUUAAUACCAUGCGUGUUCUAUGCUUGAGAUUAUCAUUUGAAAAAAUUAUAUAAGCUACAAGUUUCCAAAUAUUUGAAAUAGUGACACAAAUUAUGUAUUCAAAUAAAUUUUUUUAGAACAGCCAACACUUCAUCAAACGAUCUUGGGAUGUUCUUCUCCAAAAAGAAAUCUAUGAUAUUUUAAUCGAACUUGUGAUGUUGUCUCCAGAUGAUGAGAGAAUUGGAAAUGAUUCGUUAUGCGAAGAACUUCUUAUUGUUUUCCUGACCAAGCAAAAUGACAAUUGGAUUAUUUCAAGAAUUAUGAAAUUAUUUGCUGCAUUGAUGGUAAGACUUUUUACCCUGUCAAAUAUUUUCAAUGUUUUUUUUUUCAGAACUACUGCACAUCAUUGGAAGAUCAAUUUUUGAUCUGUAAAUCGGAACAAUUCAAAAUUCUUGCUGCUCAAUUGCGAGGUCGCCCUCUCGAUUUGUCGGUUUCGAAUAGUUUGUUUUCGAUCUUAUUCCAAGAAGAAGUCGAUAUUUCAGCGGGGUAAAUCUGAAACUUUAAUUUGAAAACAACUAAUCUGAAAUUUUCAGAUUGGACUCGGCGCAUGUUAUGAGAUUUGAACCAAAUCUAAUUUCUUGCCAUGUUUUGGAUGCAAUUCUUGUUGCGUUUGAGGAAUCUCUUCACGUUGAUGAUGCUGGUGAAAUGUUUAUUCACACAUGUGCAGCGUUGUCCAUAAUUUAUGAAAACAAUUCUCAACUUGCUCUUGCUCUGAUUGACAGGAAAAUUGAAGAAGUUAUGGUAAAUGUGAUGUAUCAACUGUGCAUUUAUCCAACUUUGGAGAACACAAAGGAUACAGUUCAUAUGAAGAAAACAUCGUGGAUGUCAUUUGCCAAAAAACUUGUGAAUAUUUCAAUUACCACAAGUUCUCAAAAAUAUUAUCAAUGUUCGGAGAAAUUGGUAAAACUCAUAAUUUUGUCGCAUGUGCAAGAAAAAUCAGAUGGAAAUGAGAAUCCAAACAAAGUUGUGCAAGAAAACAUUUAUCAUGUACUUUGUACUUUGCUCUUCGAGUUGUUGCAAUCACUUUUGGGAACAGCGGAUGUGGAUUCUCAAAAUCAUCGAAGUGCGAGUGCUUCAAAUACACCAUGUGGUAAAUGUUUUCUAGUAACAUAAAUAUUACAAAAUUGUUCGGCGUGUAGAUAAUAUUUUCUAGAAAGUUUAAAAAAAACAAAAUAAAAUUAAUUAAUUAACUACGACACUACACUUGCCUGUUGUUUACCCUACCUUCUUUUUUUUCUCCCUCUACUUUUCACACAAUAUCUCUAACCAACGCCACUUGCCAUUUAUAUUUCAUAUCUACAUUAAAAAACAUAUUUUCACAAAAAAAUUGAAAAUUUCAGGUACAAAUGGUCCAAACACGCCAGAAGAUCUCGACUAUGUUUACAUUCAUGAAUCAACUCAUAAAUGGACUGAUGGUUUGGUCAAGUUCAAAGACAAGUUGCGUCAAAAGUUCCAAGGCUUCUCACCAAAUCUCAAAUGCCCAUAUCCAAAGAAAACACUUCAACCAUUAUCACCAUUUGAAAUGACAACUCGAGUCAAGCGAGUUUUCACAAUCUGCAACAUGUUUUAUACAAUUUGUAGACCGCCAGGUUUCUGCUCUGAUGAAGAUGUUUCUCUUCAUCACGUAUAUUUCCAUACUUUGGCUCGAAUUGCUUUAGAUGAUUCAUUGAUAACAACAACUCCGUGGUUUUUAUCAAUUCAACCGGACGCACGAAUGCAUUUUGCUGGAUUCAUUGCUUCAGUUUUAUUCGACUAUCCAAGAAAAAUGGGAAGAACAGAAAACCAAUUAUUCUACCAUGUUGAUGUUCGAAAAAUGAAAAUUCUGAAUAAGUUGAUGCAAUCAACACCAAUCAGCAAAAUAAAAUCAAUCUUGAGUAUGAAUGUGAAUUUCGAAGCUUGUAUACAGACUGGAUUAUUGGAAGAUGUGUUUUCAAGACAUUCGGAUGAUGUGUUUUUGGAAAUGUGUUUGCAGUUUUUGAAAAUGUUCGAUUUUCAGUAUUACGAAUAUGGUAAGUUAUUGAUUGUUAAAGCAUACCUUGAAAUUACCUUUAAAUUUUCAGCCAAGAAUGCUGAGACCCUCGACGCUGAUACUAUUCAACUGUUAUCCUCCGAAUAUGAUAUGGUUGCUCAAUGUUGCAAUGAAGACCGAAAAGUAGCUAUUCGAGAACUUCUUCAUCCUUGUCUUAUUUGGAAACUUCAACAACAAUCUGAAGAAUACAAAUUGACAGUGAAUGAGCUCACACAACAUGCCGUGAUGAUGCAAGGUGAUGCGAGAAAAAUUGGAUAUACAAGAUUGAGUCGACAUUUCAAGGGUGAAGCUAUGGCAAAAACCGAGUUUGUGAAGUAUAAGGUAGGUGCUUCGAAAUAUGAACAAUAUUCAAAGACAAAUUAAUAAUUUUAGGACGUCCUGGGGCACAUUGGCAGAAGACCGAAAACAAUUAAUGAGUAUCCACCAAUGAAAGUAUCAGCUGUUCAAGGUCCAAGAGGUGAAAGAAUCAGAUUUGAUGAUACCACAAAUGUUUUACCGGAAAAAUUCCAUUCAGUUCCUAUCGAUCGAAAUAGGCCGUUAGCAACAUUAUGGGUAAGAAAAAUCUUUAAAAUCUAUAUCCUUAUCUUUAUUUUUUUAGGAUUCAAUUCAAAUGAUUCAUGCUAAUCGAUCUGUUAAGGAAAGCAGUUUAUUCACAUGUGAUUCAACUCUCGUUCUUAAUGGCUCAUAUUAUGAUGGCGUUUUGGUUCUCACAGAUGUUAAUUUAUAUUUCCUCCCAAAUAACGAAUCUCAGAAGAAUAUGCAUAUUGAGAUUUCGUUCACUACAAUAUUGACACUUCAUUAUAGAAGAUUUGAAUUGAAGAAUUUAGCAUUUGAAUUGUUCAUGGAUAAUCAUUCAACAUGGUUUUUCGCGAUUAGACUUCCGGAGGACAGAAGACUCGCAAUUACAUUAAUAACUGAUCGAUCAAAAUGUAAAAUUGCCGAACCAUCAGAUAUUUUGCAAUAUUCAAAAGAUUGGGAGAAUGGAAAAAUCACAAAUUUCGAGUAUCUUAUGAUAUUGAAUGCAUAUGCUGGAAGAACAUAUCAUGAUUUCAUGCAAUAUCCAAUAAUGCCACAUAUUAUAUCAAAUUUGGACACGGAUGAGAUUGAUUUGAAUGAUUCAGAGAGUUAUCGUAAUUUGGCGAAACCAAUUGCAGUUCAAAGGGAGUCAAUGGAAGAAAGAUAUCGAAAUUGUUAUGAUAUGCUAGCUGAAUCAAUGAGUAAUGAUACACACUCUGCACCAUAUCAUUAUGCAUCACUUUAUUCAAAUCUUGCAACAGUGUCAUAUUAUCUAGUUCGUCUACUUCCUCACGCUAAAAUUGCAAUUGAUUUCCAAGAUGGAUCAUUCGAUGUUCCUGAUAGAAUAUUCCACGAUUUCAGUUCGACAUUCCGAUUGGCUGCUGGUGGAUCAGCAACCGAUUAUAAAGAACUUGUUCCAGAAAUGUUCACAACUCCUGAAGUUUUUCUAAAUGUCAAUAAUAUGAAUUUCGGAACUUGUCAGAAUGGUGAAGUUGUGAAUGAUGUGGUGUUACCAAAAUGGUGUUUUGCAACAAUAUCGGAUAAUGAAUUUUUGGGUGAUGAACAGAAUAUGAGACGAUUCAAAGCUGAUUUGUUUAUUAUUGCUCAACGUCAUGCUUUGGGUAAGUAUCACUUUUCUGACUAAUUGUUUCAGAAUUAGUCUAGAAGAAAAUCUUAAAUUUCAGAAUCUCAACAAGUUCAAAAAAGAUUAAAUGAAUGGAUCGACUUGAUUUUCGGAUAUAAGCAAACUGGAUUAGCUGCUCGCCAAGCUCUCAACAUUUAUCACCCAGCUGUUUAUCCGGAAAGUAUUCCUCCAGAUCAUACAGAUUCAAUUCUCUAUGCGGCUCACAAAGCAAAUGUCAGAAAUAUUGGACAGGCUCCAAUUCAACUAUUCACAAAACCACAUGUUGCAAGGCAUAUUGAACAAUCUUCCGAUGAUGAAUUUAUCAUAGGUGGUAUUAAAGGAUUAGGGUGAGUUGAAGUUGUACAAUUUUCUAAUUCAACCAUGGAUAUUAGUAAAACAAUUUCAAAUUUUUCAGAAUCGGCAAUCAAAUUUAUCACCAUCCGCUAGAACUGAAAGAAAUUGACGUAGCUGAAGAAGUCAAAGUGAACAAGAUAAAAAAUAUGUUCAGUGAGCGAAGCACAAGUGACAAAGUAUUGCACAGCUCUACAUUUUUCCCAACUAGAAAUGAUUUCAAAAACAUCACCGUCACAUUUGAUGAUUAUACUAUUACUAUUAGCGAUGUCAAGUUGAAACAAUCAAUAACCAAGCGAAUGUCUGGAAAGGUAAAAUGAAUAGUGUUAGAAAAAACAAUAAAAUUUUGAUAUGUUCCAGAUUCAAACCGUCCAACAUUAUUCCGACAGUCAAUAUAUUGCAUCAAUGGGUGUGAAUGGUGUUAUUGAUUUUUAUAAAAUUUUACAGAAAAACUUUUUUGGAGAAUUUGUAAGUUUCGAAUUCUUAAUAUUUUAUGAAUUUUUGAUUUUCAGACAUUGGGUGUUGUAUAUGAUGGAGCAAUUCAUGCAACCUAUGGAACAUUUAGAGAUUUGGACGUGUGCCAAAGUUUUAAUGGUGUUUUUACUGUUAGCAAUCCGAUGUUGGCUAAACAGUAUAUUUCUGUUUGGGAUCUUUAUGAGUGAGUAUAUUUCUCAAACUCACUUCCAAUCAACAAAAUAACCAAUGUUUUUCAGAAAGCGUUUAAUCAGAUGUACUGAAAUCGAUGCCGAACGUCUUGAAAUUUUUGGUGUUUUGAAACAUUCAGGAGAAUUAUUCGUUGCUGACAAAUCAACAUAUUUAGAAGAUAUCAAACGUUCGAUGAUUUGCAAAUUUUCGGUGAAGAAUAUUUUUUUUUCUGAAAAAAAUAAUAUGUUUUCUAAUUUUCAGAUUAAUGGUCGAUUAAUGAUGAAACAAACUUAUGAUUAUGGUUUUAUUGAUGGCGCUUUGUCACAAAUCAAACCUGGCGAGGGAAUUCCAAUGCUCGCUAACACUUGCACUGAUUUAUAUAUCCGUAUAUUUGAAACUAUCACAUUGACAUGUGUUAGAUGUAUCGAUUUUUCGAAGUCGAUCAAAAAUCCACCACACAGGUAAUUUUUAUUUUUUUUAUUUUAGUACUUUCGAAAUAAAAAAAUUUUGUGUUUCAGAAUCGAAUACGAAUCUGAUGGAAAUAUUGUGAUCUUCGAUGAUCAUAAAAAUAAAUGGAAAUUUGUGCGAAAAACUAAUUAA